AUGGAUACUCAGUUACCACUUAAAGUGAUACUAGAAUCACGGACAUAUCUAAUCUACAACUUCAGGUCCUUCACUUACUCUGAAUUAUACUCGUAAACCCUAAUCAGAUCAAUAGCUGAUCUUCUUUGUGACUCUGAGCCUACAUUUGAUAUUAUGAUCCCUAACCCUACCAAAUGAAUUCUGAUUUCAGAUAAUGAUGGCUUUGCGUCUUAUAUCCAAUACUCUGUAUCCCCAAUCAUCUAUAUCGUUUAUCCUCGUAAUUUUUAUACAGACACUCCAUGUUUAAUUCGAGUACAGACAUAUAAUCUGUCAACAAAUACCAAACAGUCAAAAUGGAGAAUGAGGGUCCAUAUGAUAGCUCAGCAAAUAAAAGAAAUUUCAGCUGACAUUAUUGCUUUACAAGACGUAAGUUCUAAAAGCCAUUCUCGGUCUGCAAAAAAUAUAGAGAAAACAGGAAAAAAUAAGAAAAAAACGGUGAAAACUUGUGAUACCCUGAAAGACUUGAUGGAGCUGCUGCCUGAGUAUUCUUAUUCAUAUUGGCAUAUUUCACAUAGAAGGCAUAAUGGGGACACUGAAGGAAUUGCAAUUAUUUCAAGAUUCCCGAUCAUAGAAACAAAAUCAAUAAAGCUUGCGAAAUAUCCUAAAAGCGUCCAUAACGAUUCUUGCUUAAAAGUAAUUAUUGACCAUCCUAAAAGAAAGCUUUCUAUUUAUAACGCCCAGCUUGCAAGUGAUAGCAAAUAUCAAGCCCAUCAAGCUUAUGAAAUUUAUAGCUUUAUGAACUCUGAAGAGAGCCCUUUCCUUAUGCAAGUUCUUUUAGCUGACACCAAUAUAAAAGAUAAUUUUUCACUCCCAGCUGAUUUUUUGGAAGGAAAAUUCCCAGUGAAUUCUGCUAUUGGCAACUUAAAAGAUGCAUGGAAAUUUUCCCACGUUAAAAGUGAAGGCUACACAUUUCCAUCAUGGCACCCACUUCAUCGUUAUGACAGAAUUUAUUAUCGAAAUAUCGAAGAUCCUCCUAUUUGUGAAGUAGCAGGGUAUGCUGAAAAUUCCCAUAUGUACGCAAGUGAACAUUGUUCUGUCUAUGCAGAUUUUAUAGUUGCAAUAGAGUAA